UUUCGCUUAUUUCGCUUUGACCCAAAGGCUGCUGGGAAAUUAUUGUUGAGGAAGCAUCAUCGACCAAACAGGACGUCAGAUGAACUAGUUGGGAAAUCCACUGAGCUGCAGGCAUCUGUCAUGGACGAACUUGGCAGCAUGAAUUCCUGGUUUGCCAACCCCGUGUACGGGCGCUACUGGCAGCACUACCAGCAGGCCAUGGCCUGGUACCAGAGACACAGGCGUGCCUACCGAAAGGCCUUGGAGGCAGCCUACGGCCCCGGCUGCUACCACCCGCGGUUCCCCAGCAGCCCCCAGCGCUACGCCGACUGGCACGAUGGAGAGGGAGGGGGUACGGUCCCGGCCGAGGAAGAGGAUAGUGAGGACGGCGAGGAUGAGGAGGACGAGGAGAGUGGCUCAGACAGUGAGAUCGAGUGUGAUGUCAGCAACAUGGAGAUCACAGAGGAGCUGCGGCAGUACUUCGCCCAGACGGAGAAGCACAGAGAAGAGCUGAAGAAGCAGCAGCAGCUGGAGGCGGAGCAGCAGGACAGCUACGUGCCGGCCGACCGGGACCUGCACCAGGUGUCCUGGCAGAGCCGGGUGGCGCCGCCUACCGAGCGGCCCGGGGAGAGACGCAUCGCCGAGAUGAAGAAGCUGUAUGGCGAGGACGCGGCCAAGAUCCAGGCCAUGGAGACGGCCAUGCAGCUGACCUUUGACAGGAACUGUGACUGCAAGCAGCCAAAGUACUGGCCUGUUAUCCCACUGAAACUCUAACGGCCUGUGCGGAAAAAGGCGAAAAAAUUGUUUGAUUUGGAGGACAUUUCCACUGUGAUCUCUUGGUGGGACGUCAAGACUCGUCAUGCAGUGGAUUUUGACUGUCAGCCCUGCAGAUAUCGGACUAAAGUUUUGGCUUUGCUGAAGGCAAGAAGUCACUUGAGUGCUUACUGAAAAGCUGAGCCUCUACUUUAUCACUGAAAUGUAACUUAGAUUCCUGUUCCUCAUCAUCACCGAUCUGUAACCUGACACUCCAAAUGAGGAGAUAUUUUUUAGAUAAUACAAUUUUGUAGGGAUGCACCAUAUUGGAUUUUUUGUCUAUCUGAUGUGCCGAUAUUUUCCAACUCUUUUUGACGAUUGCCAAUGCCAAUAUAUAUACUUUUUUUUUUACCCAAUUGGAGAACAUCGAGUUUCUCAUGUAGUGGAAUUAACAAAUUAUUAUGCCAGCUUUUAUUGUGAAGGCCCACUGGAAGAUGCAGACAUACAAUACAAUUCUUUUCACACAUCAUUUUAUUUCAAAGAACACCCCCAAUUAGGUCCAUAUUUACCUAUUUCACAUAUCAACAUGUCAUAUUGGCAGACAUUUUUCAAGAGCAGUACUUUAUUUUUAAGCCAACAUCAACUGAUGCCGGUGGCGUGCUGAUAUUAUCAUGCAUCCCUACAAUUUUGGGCUGUUCCACUUGAACAUAGUGCACCACUCAGCAGUGACCUAUAUCCAACAGACUGCACUGUUUGUUCCUUUAGACUCCCUUUCUCCAUUGUGUUUCCAUUAUUCCCUUCUUUCCUGGACUAGGCAGCAUGCAGAUGUGAAGGAGGGAAAAUGUGUGUCAGUGGAGGGUCUGUAGUAGAGUAAAAAUGCAGCCACAGGUGAUGUAAAUGGAUUCAAACAACAUGUGCCUGUGUGUCUCCUCCUAAUCUGUUUUUGUUUUGCCUCUUACGCCUGUCAACUUGUUUUAACCACAAUCCCCCCCCCCCCUGCACUCUGUUCAAAUUUAGAAGCGCUUCUGCUCGGCUGCCUCUGAAACCUGACUUCUCGACACA